CCCUAAUCAAUCUACACCGCACGCACAAUCGGAGCAAGCUGAGCCCAGGCUUGAGAGGAGAAGUGAAGCUUUGAUUUGCGACAGCGAAACUUGAUAUCAUCAGACUGACCGACGUCCCACCUCCAUCUCCCAUAUCCAACCUCUACUCACCAAUUCACACCGCCCACCAUGCCUAGCGAAGUCUCAGAUAUCAAGCAGUUCAUUGAGAUCUGCCGGCGGAAGGAUGCUUCAUCUGCCCGUAUCAAGCGCAACCGCAAGACUUCCCAGAUCAAGUUCAAGGUCCGGUGCCAACGAUUCAUCUACACCCUCGUCCUGAAGGAUUCCGACAAGGCAGACAAGCUCAAGCAGAGUCUACCACCCUCCCUCAAAAUCGCCGAUGUCUCCAAGGGCAGCAAGAAGUCCACCUAGACGAAUGGUUUUCGGGGUUUAAUGAAGAAGGGAGCGGUGUUGCUGAGGGGACUUUUAAAUAAAUAUAAAAUAUAAUAUUUGAACAAAAACAAUGAAUAACAAACCUUCCAUCGAAUACACGACUUUUUUCAACGGUAAACUGGGGGGAUAUAUCCAUUUGGCAUUGACCGUGUGAAUAUACGUUUAUCUCAUUCUCUUCUUUCGGAAAGGACGAAACUCUCAAAAUGGAGAUGAUAGCCCCGCUCAACGAAAGCAAAGUUGUCAACGGAAGCCAGGGUGCUGUGAGGUUUCUUACUUCUUUUCUUCAUGUCGACAUGGCAAAACCAUUGUCUUGAAGAAAAGCUCCACCUACUACCUAAGUGCUUUUUUGGGAGUUGAUGUAGUCAGUGAAUGACUCCAAUAUCGAACGAAUGAUAUGCUCAGAGCCCAUGGUUUCUUAUAAAAUUUUGCCUCUUUAUAUACCUCUUUUAUCUAUUUACUUCUCAUUUUAUGAGCUCGUGGAAUGCCUGUCGGUGUAACACUGGCUGAUGCCAUUUAGUCGUACUUGACAUUAACCCGGAUGACCUCAUUUGGGGAUGCUUCUUCUUGCCAUUGACAAGGCCUCUGGAACACCUGCGCCUGUCAGGCCAUCUUCCGUAUAUACAGUUAUUGCUGUCUAAAGCGAUUCGCGAUCUCAUUGAUAUCAUGCCAAUAUUAACAUCGUCGUGAAGCCCACUGGCUCACUUUGUCUAUAUUUCUCUCUUAAGAAACCUUUGAAGUGACCAUAUGCUAGCUUCUCCCCUACCACUUUUCCUACUUGCGCCUCAUCCCGU